UAAGUUCAACUAAGUGUUACCGACGUGAAAAGCUGUACGGGGUUCUUUAAAAAUGUAUGUGCACACGUAACUUGCGGUUGUCAGGACAACACAAUACUCUGGAUGGCUAAAUGCUUCCGCUUUGAGUCGUGACACUUGGAAUAGAAAAAUAAGCAUACAACACAGACAUAAUGUCUGAUUUUGCUAAAGAGAAAGCAGCGCGUCUUUUGAAGAAGAGAGGCAGUGUCUCGUCGCUUGGGAGCCAUGACGUCAAAGCUAAGGAAACAGCUGGAAAGACCAAAGAUUCUAUAAGCACCCUAUCCUAUAUUGAGGAACCCGGUCACCAUGAGGAUAACCCUCGGCCCACUGUACAGAUGGAGAACACCUUCCAAUUGGCACCAUAUCGACGCUUUCCUGUUCUCACGGUCAACGACAUCCUGAAGGAUGUGCUGUCCAGUUACCUACAAGAGGAGAAGUAUGAAGCAGAGCUCUGUCGGCAGAUGACGAAGACCAUAUCGGAGGUAAUCAAAGCCAGGGUGAAGGAACUGAUGGUUCCCCGCUAUAAGAUCGUUGUUUUGAUCAGCAUCGGGCAGCUCAGUGACCAGAACAUGCGCAUCGGCAGCCGUUGUCUGUGGGACUCCUCCAACGACACUUUCUCCUCACAUUCCUUCAAGAACAGCUCUCUCUUCGCCCUAGCCAACGUGUACGCCGUUUACUUUGAGUGAUUCAUGGAACACAGUUGUCACUGUAGUACUACUGUUUAAAAGCCAUGGAGUCUGUCGCGAGGGUUUUAUAACGGCACAGUAAGCAUGACACAAUUGAUUAAUGAACAGACAGUCAGGACUAUUGGUGUCGGCUUAUGACAAGAGACUCAACACUGUUAUGAGACAACAAUAAUGUUUAACUCAGCCAACAAUAAUGUUUGUUCUCAGACUUAGGAGGGCAUGUUUUUGUAAUACUUUUUAAAUAUUGUACAGUAUGGAUGUGUCUGGGCUACAUCACUUUAAAGAAAUAGUCCAAGUUGUCCUGGGAGGCAAGGCCUGGACAAUUCUCAUUUUGUGGAAAUGUUACUGACCUAAUUAAUUAAUGACUUUAGGCUUUAAAGCUGUUAAAGUAAUGUCAUAACUUGCUGAUCUUCAUAAAUAACAGAAUAGACUAUAAGGAUAUUGUACAAUAGUCCUGUCAGACGCCUGCUUGAUGCAAUUGCAUUGGUUAGCUCAAAUUACUCAUGGUACAACAGACAUUACCUCUUGUAAUUAGUUAGAUCAAUGACAAUAAAGCAGUCUGAAGAGAUAGCACAGUGGUUACAAGUGGUUUAUUACUCGUAAGAUUAAUGAGGGAAUUGCAUUGAAAGUCACAAUAAAAGCAAUUGAAAGUCGUUACAGAUGUUACCGA